CUGAGCUAUAAAUAAGGGCCCCUUCACUCUCCCACCGUCAGUCUGCUGCUCACUACCGUAGAGGAAACAACUCCCGAGAUGACGUCUUCCAGUGUAGUGGUGGUGGUGGUGGUGUUGGCUGUGGUGGCGGCGGUGGUGGCUGAGCCCAGCUACCCUAAACCACAACCCUGCUACCCCAAGACCCAGUACGUCACCCACUACCAGACGCAGUACCAACAGGUGCCAGUGUACACAACUGUCUACAAACAGCAGAUCGUCCCCACCACCCUCUACAAAACCCAGUACCAAACUCAAUACCAGACCAAGUACCAGACCCAAUAUGUUCCUAAAUACGUCACCCAGACCGUCUACAAGACCGAGGUCCAGUAUGUAACUCAGGUCAAGACCCAAUACCAGACCCAAUACCAAACACAGUACGUCACCAAGACAGCAUACGUCCCUCAGUACAUUACUGAGACCCAAUACCAGACCCAUUAUGUGACCCAGACCCAGUACCAGACCGUGUACAAGACCCAGUACACGCCCAAGUACGUUACCACGACCCAAGUACAGUACCAGACCCAGUACCAGACCAAAGUGGUCCCUCAGUACGUGACGGUCACCCAAACCCAGCAGACCUACAAGACCGUCUGUCCCAAGCCUUCUUAUGGUCACUGAAGAUGAAGACAACAACAACUGAUCGGGAGAUGCCUCGACAGCAGCUCAUGUUUUGUUUAUGUUUUGUUAAGUCAUGUUACAUGUUCCUCCCCUUCCUAUAGCACAACGACGCGUCAAAGGUUUAAAUUCCACAAUAUUAUAUGUUUAAAGUCUCUUAUAUGUAAAGUGGUUAUUUUAAAGGAUUGGAAGGUGAUUAAUGAUGGGUGUGACAUUAUUUUGGCAGCUGAAAUGGCUUAAAGGAGUUUAGGAAAUAAGUCAUGAAAUAAAUCAAUAAGCAGA